GGGAUUUGUGCUAAAUAGUUUUAUAUUUAGAAAUUGACAGAAUUAUAUGGCAAAUUCUUCCGAUAAGUAACAAGCUAAAAUUUGUUUUCUCUGAAAGGAAAUUAUUCCAGUAGAACAAAAUUAAACAGUAAAACUGUAAAUUUACUGUCACACUUGACACGUAAGACUGAACAGUGUACUAGCAAUUUGAAAUUUGUAUUUGUGAUGGCUAAUGACAAGUCCACCAUGCCGGAUCAGCCUACCUCAUCUAAUAGCAUAUCAGUUUCAUCAUCCUCACAGAAUGUGUACACACUGUACACAACUAGCGGAACUAACUGCACUCUGCUGAACCCAUGCCAGAGUCUGCUACAUAUACCAGUCGUGCUCAACCAUCAGUGUUGUUUACACUCGCAAGGCAAGCCGGCAAUCCAGCCCCUGGAGGAUGUAGUGCAGCCGGUUGUCUGCCAGCCUGCUCAUGUUUACGUCAACAAACUCUCAUAUCAUGGAUGUGAUGUAAGCAAACCUAGUGACAUUGACAUCAGUAAUGAAAAUACUGGCAAAAAUAAAUGGUUCAAUCAGCCUUGUGCUAGCAAUGGGAACGCUAGCAGUCUCUCUCUGAUUCUGGGUGAAAAAAGCAACUUGAAUGUUAAUCAAGAAAAUGUUGAAAAUGACAUCCUUAGUGACAUAUACAAGAGCAAUAUUAAUAGCACAAAAUCUGUCCUAAGGAGGAAAGAUGGAACUUUAGCAAACUCGUGUGGUGUGAAAAGGCACUCGUAUCCUACAGGACUACUUGGUAACAAUAGUCAGUAUUGCCAAAACUGUUCAGUCUGCCAUUCUAAGAAAGAUCAUGCAUAUCAAACCAUAAAUGGGACAGAUGUUGGUUCACUGUCCUUGGGUAUAAACAAGUCUUCCUCUUAUGCUAGUGCUUCUAUGCAAGAUUACACAUGCAGUAGAAAAGUUUCAAGCUUGAAUCAAGUGUGUGCAUGUGAAGGAAAUGUAAGUGCUAUAAGAAACACUUCAUUAUAUAAUAAUGCAUCAAAAUAUUCAUUCGUAUGUGUUGGUAAACCUUCUUGCGAUGCGCAAACACAGACCGACCUGCUGAUGUUGAGUGCCAGCAAUGACACACAUGAAGAACUCUGCAGCAUGGCUAAAAAGUUGAUAAAGUUUCAACUUUUGUCUGAUACAUCAACUUUCACUGACUUGUCAUUUGUAUGCAGUGAAAAUGGUAGUAACAGUGGCAUAAGCACUGAUGGUAAGUUAGGUAAAAGCCCUGAAUUGGGAAUGAAGUUGAAAGAUGACUUCAGUAUCCCAGAAAAUAAUAAUUCUGUCAUGGAAUCUCAGAGGUCUAAGUUCUCAAAGCCAACUGAUAUUAUUGAGGAUUAUCCAAAGGUGAAUGCAGAGGUGGCCAAAAGUUUGGAGAACAAUUCUUCACAACCAAAGCAGUCUUCCUUGUUGCCACAUCUUCAGUGCCACAUGCCGCAGUCUCCUAUCCUGAGCCACCGAGUUGGUGCAUCGUCUUUGGAGUCAAGAAAUCCUCAGGAACUUUUUUCCAGGCCACGUGCUGUACUUGAUGAUAUUAUUGAGAACAAUGGUCGGUCUGGAUCUGAAAUGAGCAGGUCUAGUGACGACUCUGUAUUUAAUUCCAAACCUACAACCGGAACUAAUUUGCCUCCUCCCCUGCAUAAUACCUUGAGUAACAUUUUUGUCACUAAACCAAGUUCAUUUGAUAUUGACAAUUCCACUCAAGCCGCUAGAGAUGUCGCAGGGUUGCAGCUGGCUUCAAGUGAUAGCUAUUCAACUCCUCAUUCAUUUUAUAACUCUGGUAACAAAUCAAAGGUUCAAGACAGCUCUGAAAAUCUAUGCAAGCCGUCAAAUGUAUUCACUACAUCCAUCAUGUCCACUGCAUCACAGGGUUUCAGUUCCGCCUCUCACUCUUCCUCUGUUUCACUGAGCUACAAGACUGCAGAAUCUGGUCCCCCAACAUCAUCAUCUUCUGGCCAUGUAAAAAACCUGGAUUUAAAUGAAGUCAAUGAAGUUGAAACUUUAAAAGAUAACUUCAACUCAAUGCAUCUCUCAUCUCAACUGAAGCAUGACAAAUCCCUCAUCUCAGCACUUCCAGCUCUUCAAGCAAUCAGCAAGUUGGUGGAUUCUUCAGUGGAUGAGGCAUCCGGCAGCACCGCAUCCGAGCCACCGGGUCGUGGUAGUUAUGACCUGGACACCCGCAGGUACAGCCAGCUUAUGGGGCUGACACAGUCAAAGCUGGACGACUGGAUCCAGCUUAACGUCGGUGGUGAAGUUUUUGUAACGUCUCGGGCCACUCUUAUACUUGAAGAACCUGACUCCAUGCUGGCCAAGAUGUUUGGGGGCCAUCACCCCCACCUGUCCCCCGCCAGUCUGGACCCCCAGGGGAGGUACAUCAUCGACCGGUCCCCCCGGUACUUUGCCCCCCUCCUGAACUACCUCCGCACGGGGGUGCUGCUGCUCGACUCGGGCGUCAACCCUGAAGGGGUGCUGCUGGAGGCGAGGUUCUAUGGGCUGGAGGGCGUCAUCCCGCACCUCGAGCGCCUGGUGGCUGACAUGCGGCAGGACCCGUCCAGUAAACCGCUGAGUCGGCAGGACGUGGUGGCAGCGCUGCUGACGACGCCCCCGUCAGCGCCCCUCAGGUUCCAGGCCGUCAACCUCAGCCACGCUGACCUGUCCUGGCUAGACCUCAGCAACAUCAACUUCAAG